UUCAGUCUUACUCUAUUUCUGCUUUAGUGAGAGUGAAGCAGUAGAGAGAGAGAGUAUCUGUUUGUGUGGGUAGGAAAAAAAAAUAAUAAUUUCUUUUUUAUUUUAAAAAAAAGAAAUAAAAAAAAAUAUAUAAAAAUGAGUUCCCAGAACGAAAAGGGCGAACUUGGAGCACCAUUGCUUCCAAAUUCAGAGAAAUUCGAGUCCAGAUCGAUCGAUGAGAAGUUCACAAGAGAUGAAAUCCUGGCAGAAACAAAGCUACAAAUGUUCCUGGCAGGUCCCAUGAUGUUCGUAAAUCUGUUGCUGUCAUUAAUCCAGACGAUUUCCGUCAUGUUCGUCGGCCACGUCGGCGAAUUGGCCCUGUCAGGAGCCUCCAUGGCCACCUCCUUCGCCUCCGUCACCGGCUUCAGCUUACUGGUGGGAAUGGCGUGCGCAUUGGACACGUACUGCGGCCAAUCGUACGGCGCGAAGCAAUACCAUAUGUUGGGGAUUCAUAUGCAGAGAGCCAUGGUGGUUUUGAUUCUGGUGAGCAUUCCUCUCGCCUGUAUCUGGGCGACGGCGGGUGACAUUCUGCAGCUGUUAGGACAGGAUCCGGCGAUUGCGGCGGAGGCCGGAGUUUACGCCCGGUAUAUGAUUCCGUCGAUCUUCCCGUUCGCGCUGCUGCAGUGUCAGUUCAGAUUCUUGCAGACGCAGAACAACGUUGUUCCGAUGAUGCUGACGUCAGGGAUCACGACGUUGCUCCACAUUCCGAUCUGCUGGCUCUUGAUUUCCAAGCUAGGGCUCGGGAGUCGAGGGGCCGCCCUCGCCAACGGGAUCUCGUACUGGACCAAUGAUCUGUUCUUGGUCCUGUACAUUACGCUGUCCCCUUCUUGCAGUGCCACGUGGAAAGGGUUUUCCAGGGAGGCUCUCAAUAAUAUCUCCAAGUUCAUCUGGCUCGCAGUUCCCUCGGCUAUUAUGGUCUGCCUGGAGAUUUGGUCGUAUGAGAUUAUGGUUAUUGUCUCGGGUCUUCUACCAAAUCCUACAUUGGAAACUUCGGUUCUUUCAAUUAGUCUUAACACCAAUGGCAUGAUUUACAUGAUUCCUCUUGGCCUCGGAAGUGCUAUCAGUGUUCGGGUGGCGAACGAGUUGGGGGGAGGGAGGCCGAGGGCGGCGAGGCUGGCGGUGAUGAUGGCGACGGUGAUGGUGGCGCUGGAGAGCGUAGUGGCGGUGGUGGUCAUCAUUUUGGGGCGUAACAUUUGGGGCUACUGUUUCAGCAGCGAGGAGAAUGUCGUCUCCUAUGUUUCCCAAAUGAUGAUUCUGGUCGCCAUCACAAACCUCGCCGACGGAGUCCUCUCUGUCCUCAACGGCAUUGCGAGAGGGUGUGGAUGGCAGAAGAUAGGAGCAAUCGUGAACUUGGGAUCCUUUUACAUAAUCGGAAUUCCCCUCGGAAUACUGCUCGCUUUCGAACUCCAUCUUGGAGGGAAGGGACUUUGGACAGGGAUCAUAGCUGCAGUUUUCGCUCAGACACUCUUCCUGUCGAUCAUAACCGUCCGUACGAACUGGGAGUCUGAGGCAAGGAGGGCUUCUGCUAGGGUUUUUGACUCGACGAUUCCAGUGGUUGUCGCAUAAGGGAUUGAGGAUUGGGGCUGUUAUCUUCUUUCUUUCUGCCAUUAUCACCAUCCUAUCGAACACUGUAAUUUCUCAGUGGAUGAAAUGGAAUUAGCUAGCCCUGGUGCAGGCGGAUCGAUCAGACAGUUACAGUUACAGUUAUUUUAUUAAUUAAGGAUGGUGGUGGGACAGGGAAGAAGAAGACAUAAAUAUUUAUAUAUAUAUAUAUAUGUGUGUGUGUGUGGGAAGGGUUAAGUGAAGGGUCUCGAUCAUCAUCAUCUUCAUCGUUAUCAAGAUCAUCAUCAUCAUCAUCGUAUCUGUCAUGUCAAAGUUGGAUUCGUGUUUGUUCCUGUACACAGUUUGAAAGUUGAGAAUUUUAAUUUAAUGGAAAGUUAUUGUUUUAAUUU